UUCCAUUCCCUUCCCUCGGUUUCCACCUCCGCGCGCGUCGCGGUUGACCUGCCUGAGCUGUUUGCUAUUAAAGGCCCCAUCGCCAUUUGCAGAAUUCCCCCGUGCUCCCUCGGACGCACGGGCUGACCAACCCAACCCGCCACUGGUCGCCACCAAGAAACUAACCAACGCCAACCAUCUACACCGCCGCGCGCGGCGGCGGGCAGCUGCCCAAUUUACUUCGCCUUGUCUCCAUAGCUCCAAGAUCCAGUGUGCAGAGCAUCGGCGGCGGCCACCUGAGUACGUGACAUGGUGGCGAGCGUCGCUGCCGCGGGCCCGGCGACGGCGGCGGCGGCGUCGGGGCGGCGGCGCGGGGGCACGAGGGAGCCCGCGAGAAUGCACGCCAGCAUCCGGCGGUCGCGCUCCGAGCCGCACUUUCGCUGCUCCCGCCGCGGGGGCGCGGCCGCCAACGCCGCGCUCACCACCAGCCGCUCCAUCGGCGUGUUCCCGUUCCAGUUUGGCGCCGCGCCUCUGCGACCGCCGCCGCUCCCCGACGGUGGCGGCGACGGGUCCCGCCUCCUCACCGUCGACGACGAGCCGCCGCCCGAGCCUGCGCCGGAAAUUCUACCCGUCCGGAGGCCCGAGGCGCACUGGCUCGACCGACUCCUCGAGCUCCGGUCACGCUUCCACGACCCGACCAAGCGCGACGUCCUCGAGGACGAUAACGACGAUGACGAGGACGUCUACCAUCUCGACGACGACGACGCCGGCUGCGGCGUGAGCUACGAGGAUGACGAGGAGAAGGCGGAGGAUGCCAACUGGGACCGGGAGUCCUUCGUCAAGCUUCUGGCGAGGGCCCCGCUCGGCGAGGCGCAGCUGUUCGCGCAGCUGGCCUUCCUCUGCAACAUGGCUUACGUUAUCCCCGAGAUCAAGGUUGAGGAGCUGAGGAAGCACUACGGAUUGCGGUUCGUGAUGUCGUCGCUGGAGAAGAAGGCCGAGGCCGGCGCCGUAAGCGCCAAGCUGGACGCGGACUCCACCCGGCCGCGCACCGAGCCGGCGUACGAGGUAGCCUCCGGCCCGCAGCCGCGUCGGCCGAUCCGGUCGCACCUGGCCUACGAGGUGGCCGCGUCGGCUGCGUCCUACGUCCACGCGCGCGCGCGCGGCCUGCUCUCGUUCGGCGGCCAGCAGCGGCCAAAGGCGGGGGACGAGGGCAGGCUGUACAACUCCGGGAUGGCUGCGUACGUGGCCGCGUCGACAGUGACGGCGGUGGUGGCCGCCGAAGACGAGGCGCGGCAGGAGGCCGCGCGCGACCUGCGGUCGCCGCUGUCGUCGCCGUGCGAGUGGUUCGCGUGCGACGAGGCGGACGCGCGCACCCGGUGUUUCGUGAUCCAGGGCUCCGACUCGCUGGCGUCGUGGCAGGCCAACCUCCUGUUCGAGCCUACCGAGUUCGAGGGCACGGGCGUGCUGGUGCACCGCGGCAUCUACGAGGCGGCGAAGGGCAUCUACGAGCAGGUGAUGCCGGAGAUCGAGGCGCACAUGGCGGCGCACCGCAGCGGGGAGGCGCGACUGCGGUUCACGGGCCACUCGCUCGGCGGCAGUCUCGCGGUGCUGGCCAGCCUGAUGCUGCUGGCGCGCGGGGUGGUGGCGCCGGAGGCGCUGCAACCCGUGGUCACGUUCGGAGCGCCCUCCGUGUUCUGCGGCGGGCACCGCGUGCUGGAGGCGCUCGGCGUCGGGGAGGGACACGUCCGGUCCGUGGUCAUGCACCGCGACAUCGUGCCGAGGGCCUUCUCGUGCCGCUACCCCGAUCACGCGGUCGUGCUGCUCAAGCGCCUCAACGGCGUGCUCCGCAUCCACCCAUGCCUCAACAACCAGAAGGUGCUGUACACGCCGAUGGGCGCGACGUACAUCCUGCAGCCGGACAGCAGCGCGUCGCCGCGGCACCCGUUCCUGCCGGAGGGCGCGGCGCUGUUCCGGCUGGACCCGGACGACGUCGGUCGCGGCGCGGAACGCCCGCAGAGGACCCUGGUUGCCAGCGCGCUGCGCGCGUUCCUCAACUCGCCGCACCCGCUCGAGACGCUGAGCGACCUCUCAGCCUACGGCGCUGGGGGCGCCAUCCUCCGGGACCACGAGUCCAGCAACUACUUCAGGGCGCUCAGCGCGCUCGCCAGGGCGCCCCCGCGGCGCCGGAAGCAGCCGGAGAUCGUCUGGCAGCUGCCAGGCGUCGAGCGGCUGCAGCAGUACUGGUGGCCCGGGAUCGCCGGCACAGUCAUCCCGGCGCCGGUGGCGGUUGGGACCAAGGAGCUGGUCUCCGAGGCAUAGAGGGAUCUAAAGACGGUUUGCAACUUUGCCAUUGCAUUCCUUUUAGUUGCUAGAUUGAACAGUGUACAUUAUUUGGUUCUUUCGUUUGUUCUGCACAAGGUACAUAGAAAAGGUACGUUUUUUUUAUCAAUACGUGCAGCUAAAUUUUAAAAACUUUAAUCACUAGUAUAUACAAAACUAGUAAUUUCAUGUGUAAAUUGUAAGCAUGAAGCAUCUGGUUUAGCUUUCGUGGUGGCCGGAAAGAUCCGCAGGCUGCUGAAUAAGACAAUGGUUUUCGUCUCAUGGGUUCUUGUGAGGAAUGAACUCCACUUGUAAAUUGUUCUUGCUUCAAUGAAAAGCAAAUUUCGAAUCGAGAA